AUGUCUAUUGAAUCACCAUAUAAAGCAAAUAUUUUAGAGAAACAAGUUGCACUUGUAACAGGUGGUUCAAGUGGUAUUGGUUUAGAAAUUUGUCGUCAGUUAGGCAAACAUGGUUGUAGUGUUGUGAUGAUGGGACGACGAUUAGAAGUGCUUAAAUCAGCAGAAAAGAUGUUAGUUGAUGAAGGAAUAAAAGCAUCUAGUGUUCAAGGUGAUGUUCGAAAUCCUGAAGAUGGUAUACGAGCUGUAAAAUCAACCGUUGAAAAAUAUGGUCAAUUAGAUGUUUUAAUCAAUGGAGCAGCUGGAAAUUUUUUAUGUGCAGCAGAAAAUCUUUCACCAAAAGGUUUUAAAACUGUUCUUGAUAUUGAUACACAAGGUACAUUUAAUAUGUGUCAUGCAGCAUUUUCUGAACUUCGUAAAAGUUCAAAUGCGAAUAUUAUUAAUAUAAGUACAACUUAUCAAUAUUCUGCUCAAUGGUAUCAAGUGCAUGUUUGUGCAGCAAAAGCAGCUGUUGAUGCAUUAACUCGAUCAUUUGCUCUUGAAUGGGGUGAAUAUGGUAUUCGUGUUAAUGGUAUUGCACCAGGUCCUAUUGCAGAUACAGCUGGUUUUUCAAAAUUAGGAGGUUCAUUAAUUGAUUUGAAUAGUUCCGAUAAUCCUUUAUUGGAAGCAAUUCCUAUAAAACGUCUUGGAACAAAAUGGGAUAUAGCUAUGUCUGUUUUAUAUCUUUGUUCAACAGCUGGACAAAAUAUAUCGGGAAGUAUAAUAAUAAAUGAUGGUGCGAAUUGGCUUUAUAAACCUCAAAUAAUUGAUCGUGAUACUGUUCAAAGUUUUUCUCGUUCGAUCGAAAAGAAAAGUCGUCAAGAAGGAAUUGCAACAACUUCGAAAUUAUAA